AUGGCUCCAGAGGUGAUCUUGGCCAUGGACGAGGGGCAAUAUGAUGGCAAAGUGGACGUGUGGUCGCUGGGCAUCACCUCCAUUGAACUGGCGGAGAGGAAGCCCCCGCUGUUCAACAUGAAUGCUAUGAGUGCCUUAUAUCACAUCGCUCAGAAUGAAAGUCCCAUCCUGCAGUCCAAUCACUGGUCUGAUUCCUUCCGCAACUUUGUUGACUCUUGCCUACAGAAGAUUCCCCAGGACCGGCCUACCUCUGACGUGCUGCUGAAUCAUCGCUUCUUGUGUCGUGAGCGUCCGAUGACUGUGGUCAUGGACCUGAUCGCACGCACCAAGGAUGCAGUGAGAGAGCUGGACAACCUGCAGUACCGCAAGAUGAAGAAGAUCCUCUUCCACGAGACCCAGCAGAACGGCCCCGUUUCUGAGGGAGGGGACGACGAGGAGGUGGAGCAGUACCUGCUGCGGACAGGCACAGUGAACAGCAUGGAGAGCUCCCAGUCGGUGCCCAGCAUGUCCAUCUCAGCCAGCUCUCAGAGCAGCUCCGUCAACAGUCUGGUCGACGCCUCCGACGACAGCAGCAACGAGAUGGCCAUGAUGCAGGAGGGCGAGCACACCGUCACCUCCAACAGCUCCAUCAUCCACAGACCCACGGGUCAGGAUAACAUCUACGAUGACCCCUACCAGCCGGAGAUGGAGCAGCCGCAGGUUCCCUCAGCCGGACGCCGCCGAGCCUACUACCGCAACCGGGACCACUUCGCCACCAUCAGGACCGCCUCCUUGGUGACCCGUCAGAUCCAGGAACACGAGCAGGGCUCUGCGCUCAGAGAGCAGAUGUCCGGCUACAAGCGCAUGAGGCGGCAGCACCAGAAGCAGCUGAUGGGGCUGGAGAACAAGCUGAAGGCGGAGAUGGACGAGCACCAGCUGAAGCUGGACAAAGAGCUGGAGAACCAGAGGAACAGCUUCUCCACCGAGGCUGACAAGCUUUCCAAGAAGCACCAGGCCAUCCUGGAGAAAGAGACUAAAGCAGCUCUGGCUGAAGAGAAGAAGUUCCAGCAGCACAUCCUGGGCCAGCAGAAGAAAGAGCUGACCAGUUUACUGGAGUCACAGAAACGGCAGUACCGCCAGCGCAAGGACCAGCUGAAAGAGGAGCUGAAUGAGAACCAGUCGACUCCGAAGCGGGAGAAGCAGGAGUGGCUGAUCCGUCAGAAGGAGUGUCUGCAGCAGAUGCAGGCGGAGGAGGAGGCCAGCCUGCUGCGGAGGCAGCGGCAGUACUACGAGCUACAGUGCCGCCAGUACAAGAGGAAGAUGCUGCUCGCUCGCCACAACCUGGAGCAGGACCUGCUGAGAGAGGACCUGAACAAGAAGCAGACCCAGAAGGAUCUGGAGUGUGCCAUGCUGCUGCGGCACCACGAGUCCACCCAGGAGCUGGAGUUCAGGCAGCUGGGCUCUGUGCAGCGGACCCGGGCCGACUUGAUCCGCACGCAGCACCAGACGGAGCUCACCAACCAGAUGGAGUACAACAAGCGGCGCGAGCAGGAGCUGCGGCAGAAACACACCGUGGAGGUCCGGCAGCAGCCCAAGAGCCUCAAGACCAAAGAGCUCCAGAUCAAGCGUCAGUUCCAGGAAACCUGUAAGAUCCAGACCCGGCAGUACAAAGCGCUGAGGAACCACCUGCUGGAGAGCACUCCCAAAUCCGACCACAAGGCCGUCCUCAAACGCCUCAAAGAGGAACAAACACGUAAGCUGGCCAUCCUGGCCGAGCAGUACGACCACUCCAUCAACGACAUGCUGUCCACACAGGCUCUGCGCCUGGAUGAGACGCAGGAGGCGGAGUACCAGGUGCUAAGGAUGCAGCUGCAGCAGGAGCUGGAGCUGCUGAACGCCUACCAGAGCAAGAUCAAGAUCCACACGGACACGCAGCACGAGAGGGAGGUCAAGGACCUGGAGCAGAGGGUGUCCAUCCGCAGAGCGCUGCUCGAGCAACGGAUCGAGGAGGAGAUGCUGUCCCUGCAGAACGAGCGCUCGGAGCGGAUCCGGACUCUGCUGGAGCGGCAGGCGCACGAGAUCGAGGCGUUCGACUCGGAGAGCAUGCGGCUGGGCUUCAGCAACAUGGCGCUCAGCGGGAUCCCUGCCGAGGCCUACAACCAGGGCUACCCCACCCCCAGCCCCUCCUCGGGCUCCAGCGGCUGGCCCUCGCGGCCUGUCCCGCGCUCCGGCAGCCACUGGUCCCACAGCGUGCAGAACUCGGUGUCCACGCCCUCCUGGCGCAGUCAGAACCACGGUGGGGGGGCCUUCAGCCGCGCAGAGUCCGUCGCCUCGUCACACGGCCUCGGCAGGGACAGUGAGAUGUACAAGAGCGGCAGCCGGGGUCACUCCUCCUCGUCCUCCUCUUCCUCCCACCCCUCCCAUCACCCCUCCCACCACCACCACCACCAC